GUCGCAUUUAAUACGGGGAGCUUGCGUUGAUAACGCGCCUACGCGUUGUUGGAGGUUGGACACGGGUAGCAUCGCUGACGACGACACGACGACGAUCCGCUUCUUUCCCCUGAGCACGUUGCGCCGCAGAAAUCGCCACGAUGUUCUUCCUCUACAACAUGGAGCGCAGGGUCACCCUGCAUCCCUCCUACUUUGGCCGGAACAUGCACGAGCUGGUGACGAGCAAGUUACUGAAGGACGUGGAAGGCACCUGCGCAGGAAGCUACUACAUCAUUUCCAUCAUGGAUACCUUCGAUAUUUCCGAGGGUCGCAUUCUUCCGGGCAGUGGCCUGGCCGAGUUCACGGUGGGAUACCGAGCCGUGGUUUGGCGACCCUUCAAGGGCGAGACGGUUGAUGCUGUGGUCUACUCAGUCAACCACCAGGGCUUUUUCGCCCAGGCGGGACCUCUGCGGUUAUUCGUGUCGGCACAUCUGAUCCCGUCCGAGAUCAAGUGGGAUCCCAAUGCGACGCCGCCGCAGUUCACCAACAAUGAGGAUACCAUCAUUGAGCCAGGAACCCACGUGCGCGUAAAGGUGAUUGGUACGCGCACAGAAGUCGGCGAGAUGUGGGCGAUUGGCAGCAUCAAGGAGGACUAUCUAGGCUGCCUCCAGGACUAAAUGUCACCCCCGAUGGGAAAGAGUAAGGAGACGGGCCACCACGAACGACCACGCCCAGCGCGACCUAUACAGACAUCGGUCGGCGAGAGGUGGGUAUUCGACACUCUACGCGAGUGUAUCCUUGGCCGAUCAUGGCAACAAGUGUUGCUAC